AUGCCGACUGCACACCAGCAACCUAACCACACCGCAACCCCAGUGACCAGCACAGGCCACAAACGCAACAGAGAGGACUCCAUCACCUCCGAAACACCAGUCCCCCCCAGAAAAGAGCGAAAAAUGGCACAGACUGACCAAAGCCAAAUGCCCGAAACCAAUAGGGACGGCCCCUUCACGCCCACCCCCCCAGUCAAACCUGCAAUCAGAGUCCUAGCGACACAGACUCCCCCAGCAACCCCAAAUCUGACUGUAAACAGAACCCCCUCUCCGGAAGCCAUGGAGCUGUCUCAACCCCGCAGAAUCACGUACAUACCCUCGACCUCUCCUGAACCCGAACCAGCCCAUGCCAUGAACAUCACCCCCGCACCCGGACCCUUUGACAUGCCAAAUGACACCCUGGUCGAAUACAACACCUGUCCCCUCCCGGUUAACUUCGACUACAAAGUCCUAGGAAUGCACAGCUCACACCUCUGCCUCAACGUCACGGAUGAGGCCCUUGAAGCCUGGAAACAGAUUAACAACCACGCGGUAAUCAUCAUACCCACCUACAUGGCAUUCUCCCUCACGAAAAUGCAAGAGGCGAAAGACCACGCCUCUACCUUCAUUAAAAGGGCCUUCCCCGACUCAGCAAACUCCAUUAGCACCAUACCGGCUGCCAAUGCAAUUGACGCGCAAGGUGACGACCCGCUCCCCUGGGGAAUACUGGUAGAUGGCCUAACGCUCCGUGACACCGCCACCAUCCUACACCACCAAUUCUGGCUCUCUAAAGCCUUUAGCUUCAUUGCAUACCCCGCUUCCGACUUCACAUCUGAUUGGUUGGGGAACUGGGCUUUCGCAGCCACAACCAAAGACAAAGAAGCAGUCCAAACGUGCUUAAAGACCACCCUCAGCCACCCCUACUCGAAAAUAGGAAGGUACCUCAUUGAAAAUGUCCCCGACGAACUUGAAAGACAAGCCAUAAUAGAAUCGGCCCGAUCAAGUCCCCGCACCCCAAAGACGUCAUAA